AUGGAAGAGAAUAGUUUAUUGAAAAAUAGCAUUGAAGAACUUCGGCAACGAAUGAUCGCAAAGUUAAAUGCCCGUCAUGAAAAUACUACCACAGCAAAUUGCAGAAGUAAUACUUCUUUGGAUCUCAUCAAUGAUCUUUUAUCUCGUACCCAAGAUUUUUUAAAAUCAUCGAGAGAAGAUGACGUUUUAAAAAAAAAGUUGGAUGAAGAAAUUCAAAAUGCUUUGUUAUUGGUUCCUAAAGGUUAUCAUUCUCGACUUUUAAUCGAUUCAUUAAAUCAGUUGCAUCAUAAAAUAAAGGAUGAAGGCGAAAAGAAUACUUUCGCAUUUUCAUCGAAAUUGGUUCAACAAAAUACCAUGGCUCCUAAAACCACAGAAAAAAGUGGUCAAGAAGUAUGCAAGAUGGAUAUUAAAAGUCGAUCAAAAAAUUCAGUCGAGCUUGAUUCUAAGGAUGGUGUAAGUAUGAAAUUAGACGAUAAUGACGGCAAAGAUGUGGUCGUAAAAAAUAUCCAGAAUAGUCAAAUAUCGAUUGUUUUUAAUGCUUCGGCAGUAUAUCUUAACCUAAUCAAAGCUUCGACGUUAAUUUUCAAACCAGUAUCUUCAUCAAUUUUAAUAAGAGAUUGUAAUGAUUCAGUAAUUGUUGUAUCUGCACAACAAAUACGCUUGUAUAAUUCUCAUAAUAUUAUGCUUUAUAAUGCGGUACGUAGUUCUAUUGUCAUAGAGGAUUGCACCAAUAUUAAUGUUGCUCCCUAUAAGGUUAAUGGUAUUACUGUAGAUUUUUGUGAUAAUAAUCAUUGGUGUAAAGUUGAAGAUUUCAAUUGGUUGUCCAGCGAUGUUCCUAGUCCGAAUUGGUGUAUUAUGGACAAAGCGAACUGGAUAUCUUUUGAUUUAUAA